AUUGGAGUGUAACGUCAACGAUCACAACGUAACUUGCAUUUCGGGUUCCGAUUCGAUUGGUGAAAAUGAUCGUAAAUCAAUAUUUCGUCGUUGAUAUUUGUGUUUGUAUAUGUUUUGAUAUCAUACGCUUAAUUAUUUAGUGUGUGCGCGUGUGACACAGGUACACACGCAAACUAUUUUUUGUAAUGUAUUUUGUCAAAUACGGUAGAAUUAUUUCAAAAUUUAAAAAUACAUUUUAAAAGAUCAAAUGUAAUUUGCUAUUUUUGAGAUUGAAUAUGACGUAUUAUUUAUAUUUAGAAAUGUAAGUAUAUUUUCAUUUUGACAGCACAUGUUACAUAUACAGUAUAUAGUAAAAUGAUUUACAAUAUUUUAUAAACUUAAAUAUGUACAAUAAUGUAAUUAUUUGGUCAGACUAAGUUUACAAUUUAUUCAUUUUUAACCUAUAAAUAACAUUUUCAAAGUAAAAAAUAUUUUCAUACAAGGUUUUGAUAAUUAUUGAAUACAAUUUUUAGUACGGACCAUUACUCUGUUCGCUCGAAGAUCUCUGUCGCUUUAAACAGUCGCCCAAGGACCCUUUGUCUGCGCAUGCGCACAUCAUCCGGCGAAAAGUGACGACCAGUUAAAAAAAAACUUAGGAAGUCGUAAUUCUCCUCGCACGCACAAAAGAAGCUCUUUUUUUUAAUGUUCUUUGUGAACAUCACCGGCUCGUCUGACGAUAUGAGUUAGCUUAUCUUGACAGGUAAUUUUGCUGGCAUUGCCUCGGUGAAAAUGGAGCGGGAGUUUGAGGACAUUGAAUCGGAGGGCCGGUGGCACAAAUUAUACAUGGAGAUCCGAAGUCAGUCCCACGAGUGCUCCUACAAAGUGGCCAAGUAUCCCGAGAACCGCAGCCGCAACAGAUACAGAGAUGUCAGCCCCUUCGAUCACAGUCGAGUGAAGCUGAAGAAUGCCGACAACGACUACAUCAACGCCAGCCUGGUGGUGAUGGAGGAAGCGCAGAGAUGUUACAUAUUGACUCAGGGUCCCCUCAGGAACACGUGUGGCCACUUCUGGCUCAUGAUCUGGGAACAAAAGACCAAAGCCAUCGUCAUGCUCAAUAGGGUGAUUGAGAAAGGCUUGGAAAAGUGCGCUCAGUACUGGCCCGUGGCCGAGGAGCGCGAGAUGGCGUUCAGGGACACGCGCUUUCUCGUCACGCUGCUGUCGGAAGACGUGAAGUCGUACUACACCACCAGAGCGCUGGAGCUGCACAACAUGAGUACCGGGGAGAAGCGGGAGAUCCACCACUUUCACUACACAACGUGGCCCGACUUCGGCGUGCCCGAGUCGCCGGCGUCCUUCCUCAAAUUCCUGCUGAAGGUGCGCGAGUCCGGGGCGCUGGGCGCCGACCACGGGCCGGCCGUGGUGCACUGCAGCGCCGGCAUCGGACGCUCGGGCACCUUCUCGCUGGUGGACACGUGUCUCGUGCUGAUGGACAGAAGAAAAGAAGAGUCGCCGUUGGACAUCCGGAGGAUCCUGUUGGAUAUGCGAAAGUACCGCAUGGGUCUCAUCCAGACGCCCGACCAGCUGCGCUUCUCCUUCAUGUCCGUCCUCGAAGGAGCCAAGUGCAUCUCGGGCGACUCGUCGGCGCAGACUCGGCGCCGGCGAGACGGGGAGCCCGCCGCCGACUCGCCGGAGAGAUGCAACGGCGGCCAGCGAGCGGGACCGACCGGCGAGGAACGCGACGACAAACGUGGCGGCGAGAGGCCGAGCCGGUCGCCGGAGCAGGACGACGGCGCCGCGCACAAGCGACGUCGGGACGAGAGUUUCUCCGCGGGCCAAAGCCAGAGGACCGAUGCUGCCGACAAGAAGCGGAAAAGAUCAAAGAGCAGCGACUCCUGACCGGGCGCCACCGAGCUGAGGCUGCGUUCGACAGCAAAAAAAAAACAACAACAAACAAAGAAA